UUGAUAAUUUUUAAAUUCUAACAUUCUAAAUGACGUUUAAUGUUAUACGAUUAAAAAAUAUUUUUAUAAAUUUUACAUAAUUUUAAUUUAAUACCACUAGAUUCAAAAACGUUUUUACUUUCUUAAACUAUAUGUUAAAUCAAAAGUAAAUAAACAAAUUGAAUCUGUACAUUUUUUAGUUAGUAAGAAUUUCUCUCAUUAUAUAUAUCUAACUAUACAUGAUGCAGGGCAAGACUGCACCUUGCUACUCUCAUACUAUGUUGAACCGUUCCUCUUAAAUGCCUUCGUGCCUGCUAGUUAAGUCCUCAUUCACUCCAGUGUAAGUGCUAUUUACUACAGGUGCUAUGGCUGGAAAUGGAGAAUCGGUGGUGGCUGAGACGAAGAAAGUUAUCAACCCAAGAGUGGAAAUUGAUACAUCUCCCCCUUUCGAGUCAGUGAAGGAGGCUGUAGACCAUUUUGGGGGCAGUGGCCCUUGGAUUCCCCAUCACUUGCUCCAUUUACCCCCUCCUGACCAUGAUUCUGAAGUUGUAGAUGUGGGCAAAAUGGAGGAGCAAGCCAUAAAAUUUGAGAAAGACUUGAUUGUGAAGGAACAGGAGGCCCUCAAUGUCUUGAGAGAAGUGGAAGAAGCUAAAAGAUUUGUAGAAGGAUUGAAAGUAAAUUUGAUGCAAGAAGUGUCCGAGUGUCUGUCCAGUCCGGGUUUAAAUCCGGAGAGCCAAAUUCCAAAUUUUAAUGAUCUGUCAGCAGAAAAGUUAAGUCCAUGUCCUCUUCAGUCCCCUGGACAUGUACUAAUGGAAUUGAACCGAGCAAAAUUAGACCUUAACAAAAUGUCAAUAGACCUUACUGUGAUUAGAUCUUCGGUUGAGACGCUGAAUAAGAAAAUGAAGAAAGAAAAGGUAAUUCUUGACAGAAGCAGUCAGACGAAAUCCCUUAAUUCAGCGGCAGAGCUCUCCAUUGAGGAAAACAAUACUAUGAACAAAGAGCUCCAGCAGUUGAGCUCUGAAGCAGAGCAAUUCAAGAAAAUGACAGAAGCUUCAAGAUAUGAGGUGAUGAAGGCAAUGUCAGAGAUUGAACGAACAAAGGCAAGUAUUAGAUUGGCUGAAAUGAGGUUACAUGCAGCCAAAAAGAUGGAAGAAGCAGCUAAAGCUGUGGAAGCAAUUGCUUUUGCAGAAAGAAAGACUUUACUUAAUGGAAAGAAUACUUCAGCUGUUGUUCAGCACACAACUGAGGGGAUAACAAUUCCAUAUGAAGAAUAUUAUGCUCUUGCCUGGAAAGCACAGCAGGCUGAAGAGCUAUGCAAAACAAAAUUUGUAGACAAAAACACUAUCUGCAGAACCAACGAAGUAAACCAAUCUGAGGUAGCUAUUACAAAGAAGAUGGGGGAAACUAACCAAGAAAUUAGACACAACAGGAGUACUCUAGAAGAGGCUUUGGACAACGAAGAUGGUACUCAAAGAAGUCUUACUGAACAUGAUGGUUUCUACAGGGAGACAUCAGACCACACUCAGUUGCAUUACUCGGGGCAUAACUCGUCCAAAUCUAAGUUCAGAAAUCCUCAGUCAACUCUCAUUAGUCAUGGAAACCUCCCGCUGGUUGAUGACCAUGAAUCUGACAAUGUCAAUGAAAAACCAGUCCCCGUGUUUCGAUCAUCAAUAUCAAUCGGAGACAUACUGAGCAGGAAGUUGAUUUUGAGAGAUGAUCAUAUUGUCAUGGGUAAGCAUAUGGAAAGCCACACUGAACGAAAACAUGUGUCUUUUAGCCAAAUGCUGAGGGAACAGAGUGGGAUCAUAUUGAAUCCUACAAAAGCUAUGAAAGAUGGGGAUGUACACAAGCAGUUCAUUACUCAGAAGAAGAGGUUUGGUUUCAUCCAAGUACCACUUCCCAAACAGAACAAGAAAAAGACACAGCCUUUGAACAUGAGAUGAUUUUUCAUUCAAGAAAUAAUGUCUUCUGCCUUUCCUCCCACAUCAGUUUGAUAUUUGUAUACUGAGCUUGCACGUGUUUCCUUUCUUUUUUUUUUUUUUUUUUUUUGCUGUGUGUAUUGCUGUCAUAUCUAUUGUGUUUGUGAUUUGUGAUUAUUGGGUGUUGCCGUUUUUCUCUUCAUGAUUGGGGUUGAGGUCCUCUUUAAGCCAACGGUCGUGUAUUUUUAUGGCAAAAUUGUGAGACCCAAAAUGAAGCUUCACUCAACCUUU